GCUUCUUCUUCUCUCCCAGCAUACGCGUUCUUCUAAAGGAUGAGUACGUGUUGUUGGUGCACGCCGGGUGGUUCUGCGACCAUCCAGAUCUUAAAAAGCUAUGCUUCUGCCAACUCGGAGUUUGAUUCUGCGAAUGACGAUCUCUGCUAUUGUCUGGAAUGUGUGGACGAAUACCACAAGGCCCGGGAUGAGGUACCCUCCUUACAUGAGGCCCUGUGGGAGUUGGAAACUGGCCGCCUCAUUGCCCAUUUUGAGACCUCUUUGAAGGAGAGCGGAGAGGAUGAUGACCUCUACAUUAUGGAAGGAGAAAGUAAAAUCCCCUUUUCCUGUUACACCGGGCCUGGGUUCGAGAAGCACGUCCGGGUGCCCAUGCUAGAGAUACUGAAGUACCCAUAUCUGCUGCUCCAUGAGCGCCUCAGUGAACUCUUUGUGGAAGCCCUUUGCAAAAUGGAACAGAUCAACUACUCCUAUCAGGUGGUUGGCAAACAUCCAGGGAUCUACCUCCUCAUGGUUCACCCCAAUGAAGUGAUCCGACGAUGGGCCAUCCUCACGGCCCGGAACUUGGGGAAGGUGGACCGAGACGAUUACUACGACAUCCAAGAAGUCCUGACUUGCUUGUUGAAAGUCAUAGAGCUGGGACUCUUUGAAAACCCCGACAUUUACAACUCUUCCGUAUUUGAAAAGGGGAAACUUAUCCUGCUGCCUUCCCAUCUGUAUGACACCACCAACUACAAAAACUACUGGCUGGGGAUCUGCAUGUUGCUGAUGGUGCUGGAGGAGCGCGCAUUGGAUUCCUUGCUACUUGGACCAAACAAACAGAACGACUUCAUGCAGUCCAUCAUGAACACCAUGAAGAAGCAGACAGAUGAUGACCGGCGUGACCCUUUCUGGCCGGCGCUCCACUGUUUCAUGGUGAUCUUGGAUAAGGUGGGAUCCAAAGUGUGGGGUCACCUCAUCGACCCAAUCCAGGCUUUUCAAACCAUUAUCAACAACGAGAGCUAUAAGAAAGAGAUAGAGAACAUUCGCCAGAGUUGCAGAAGGACAAAAUCGGAGCCUCUGUCUGACUAUGGAGAUGACAUGAUUACCUGCAGCCAGAUUGUCUACAACUGCCACCUGGAAAGGCCGAGCAAGGAUACCGGACGGAAGUCCGCUGUUUGUCCCGAUUACUGCCCCAGCUUGUACGAUGACAUGCAGACGCUGACGGACAUGUUUCAGUACGACAUCGGUCGGGACAUGCAGCUCCACAACAGCACCUUCCUGUGGUACAUCCCCUUCGUUCACUCCCUCAUGGACCUCAAGGACCUGGGCGUUGCCUACAGUGUGGUUGUCAUUCACCACCUGUGUUCGGAAAUCAAAGAAGUUCUCGACGGGGCCGUGCUGUCGUGUGACAAAGUUUCGGAGUUUUUCAUCUGGAUUCUGGUGACCGUGGUCGAGCUCAACCUGAAGAAGCAUUGCCUGAAUUCGCUGUGGGUCAGCUCAGAAACGUGGGUGGAGGCGGUGGUGAAGUGCGCCAGGCUCCCAAGUACGGUGUUCACACGUGGCGUUGAGAGGGGGCUGGCCAGAAACGGCUCAAGAAAUGCAUCCGCUGUAUCUUCUUGGGAAUCUGAAUCGGUACAGUGGGCUUGCAUGAAUCUGAUCAGGAGCAUCCUAAGGGAAGGCUACCAAAUGGGUCAGGAUAGGACCCAGUUCCUCGACCAGCUCAACAUGCUUCGCCGCACUCGCGAGGACUGGAAUCUGAGCCCUCAAGAGGCGCAAGAGUUGCAAGCAUGUCUGAAGCACAUCAUAAGAAACAUCCAGAACAAACCCUCCAAUCCACCUUCCCAUACGGAGAACACCGUUGCUUGCGUAGCUCCGCCUGCUUUCACAAUCAAGCAAGAAAACCAAGAUGAUAGAUAUCCAGUGAGCUCACACGGUAAGCUCCCAUCAUAUUUGUCUCCGAGAGGGAAUUAUGAUGGGUAUCCAGAAGACUCACCAUCCGGAAGACGCUGCAGCUUGGACACGGAGGUGUCUCCUAAGGAGCCAAACCUUCACGAAACCUCCGGGUGUUAUUUGACAAACAUUAAACAAGAACCUGAAGAGAUUCUGCAGCAAGAUAACGUGACCUCCUUACGAGAAAAGGGACACACGGAGGCCCAGAAAUGUGGAAGCUGUCACCAAGGGCGGAGGGAUUCCACACGUAAUGACAGCUUCCACCAAGGCUUCCAAGGCCAAGAAAGUAAAGAUGGCAGUGGGGAGGACAAGAGACCGAGAGCGUCCGGGUGUCUGGUGGAAAAGAACGGCAUUUCAGAGACAAAGAUGGCUCUUGUUAAGCUUAGGGAGAACCUCAAACCAACGAAAUUCGACUUAACCUUGAAAUUAAAACAGUUCGUAGAAAACAAGAAGAGAGAGAACCGCCCGCUGCAGUCCAUUGAGGAGGGAAGUAAGGAUCAGGAGGGGCAGAGGGGCAACCUUAUCGCAGGUUAUAGUAGCACACCCGACAAACUGGGGGUGAACUCCACUCAUCCUCUUCAUGGCAAACCGCUCUCCAUAAAAAGGGAAUCAAAGGACAGUCUGGUGGAAUUUAAGCAUACGCUGAAAGUGCAGCAAAAUUUGGAAGAGGACAGCAGCGAGGAUGAGAUGGCCCAUGUUCCCCUUUCACAGAUCAGGCAGGACCUGGUCAAGAAGAAAUUGGCCUCCGCAGUCGCUAGCCCAGGGACAGAUUCUCAGAUAGACAGAGACCUCAAUAAAUUGUCCCUGGCUGCCCACGCCAAAGCAACCAGUUUUCCAGUUGAUUCAAGCCAAGAAGACACCCCUCGUCACCAGAACCCCAUUAAGAGAAAAGUUCAAGGCGCAGUCAAGUCUUUGUCCGACAGCGAGACCAAGAGUAAGCCCUUGCUUGACACAGACGAACCUCGAAACCAAGUCAUUAUUAUUUCCGACACUUCUUCGGAUGAAGAUGAAAACAAGGUGAACAUUGGCAGGGAGGGUAAGGAAGAGGGAAGGGUCCCAUGCCUUGAGAAGCAGCACAGUGCCCGGGGGCCAGAGUCGGCCGCAACGGCGUCUCGUUCACCAUCGCUCUACGAAGAUUUGGAAUCUCAGUGUUUUGAGUUUGAAACCGAAGAGGACAUUUACUCGGCUUGGCAAGAUAGCCAGAUUGAGGAGAAGGCAGAGGACGAGGGCCCUCAGGGGGAGGCCAGCCGCUCCCCCGAGGUGGGUGAUCUGGAGAUUGCACAGCAGAUCAAUGACUGGGGUUAUGAGACAGAUUAUCUUGGGGAGGAUGUCACCGAGAAAGCAGCAGAGGAUUUAGAGCUGCAGGUGAGCGAAAGCCAUCUGGAACGAAAGCUUCACGUUGCAGCGGGAGAAGGGAGCAGCAGGGAAGGAAACGGUGCAGGUCACCCCAGCUCUUUCCCGCCGAAGCAGGCGGACGACGUGGGAUGUUCUAGACAUACAGUUCCAGUUGUCCCAAGUACUUCUGCCUCAGCUGCUUCUUGUGAGUUAAGGCCUGAUCUCAGUAAAUUCAAGAUGAAGCCAGGGAAGAGCUUGGCAGAUUCCCCGCGGGCCAAAACAGCGAACAGAAGCCCUAGGAGAAGAAAUCUCAACCCAGCAGUACGCAAUGAGAAAUCUCCGCUGACAAAACCAUUCAGAUCCACCCCUGCGGUCGUCCCGCCCAGGAAGGUUCACAAGUUUCCCGAGCCGACGUUAGUGACAGAGAAGCUCUUCCUGAAGAAGAAGAUCCGCAGAGCGGCCGAACUGUCUCAACGCACUCAGGACAGCAUUACGAAAUUGCGUGCCUACGGGAAAACGGCCGGCGAGCUUCCCCAGCAAAGGAGGACAAAAUUAAUACAAGCUCCCCCUCUGGUUGGGAGAAACAGGAAGAUGUUGUCCUCCCGGGAGCGCCACUUCUUCAGCCAGAAGAAGCACAAGGAAAGAGAGAAGGGUCAGUGCCAAAGCAGAGGAGAUGGUGCGAUUCAGGUUGCGAAAAUCACCAAGAAGCCAGGCCUGAAUCCAUGUUUAAAGUCUGCUAGUUUGGUGGCGGCUCAGAACCAGAAAGAGAAGACCCCUGUCUCUAGUCAUUCAACUAGCAGUGAACGGAAGCUAAUAAAGCAGAGUUCGGUAGGAGGAGAGAGAGCCCAGUCCACUUCUGAUUCCUCCAGGAAAGAAUUCCCGUUGACCGGGCAAGGAUCUGUUAGUUCUGUCCAAGAAAAUACCACGACUCUUCCAAGCAGUUCCUCUUCUUCUGUGACCGGAGGCAAUCCUACAGGUCCCAGGACUUCCCUUGGCUGCUCCGCUAGCCUUUGCAUUGAGAACGUGGCUUCAAAAGAGGGCCCGUCCAAAUUAAGUGAGAACCCCACUGCUGACGAGGACAGCUUGUUUUUAACGCAACGGGACCCAGUAGACAUGGAGCUGUGCUCGCAGGUGGAAGCUGGCCCCAGUUCCGCAGACACAGACGUCAGCCUCCCCCAGAGCCCCUUUCAGGAUUCGACGGAGAUGCGCAAGGACGCGGGUUGUGCUGACAGAGCAGGGGCGUCCUGCGGGAAUGAUUCUACCUCGGACCCCUUGGGCCACGUCUUCGCCAAGCCUUUCCCGCCCGCGAAACCGUCCACGGCGAAAAUCUUCAGCUCCGCUUCUUCGCGGAGCGCCAACCUCACGAAGGACUUGGAGGAUGGGCCGAAGCCCCCAGCAGCUUUGAAGAGCCGGUCGAACGCCAUUAGGCCUCGCCUAGCCUUGGAGAGCGUGAAGCCCAGGCCCGUGACCUCAACCGGUGGUCUUCGGCCCCGGAACAUGAACCCCAUCUCCCAGCCAGCCGGUCGGGCGAACGGCCACGGAGGCCGUGACGGCAGGAUGCUGCCGGCUGUCUCCGGAGGGGGUUCCAGGCCGGAAGCGCAGCCGAGUGGCAUGAACGCCCAGCACAGAGAUCACAACGUUUUCAUCAAAGAGGUUCUCAAGUGGAGCUACGACAUGUUUGCAAACUUCAGCCAGUUGGGAACCCCAGACCAUCUCCACCAAAAGAUCGUGGGCCGUGUUCCCGUCCAGUUUCGAGAUUACAACGAUUACUUCAAUACUUUCUUUCCUUUAACCAUGCUAAAUGCCUUUGAAGAGGUAAGUGGUUUCCAGAUAAUCCAGGUUGCCCCUAGAAUCAAUGGAUUUAGACGUCCGGGCCACUCUGUUCAAGAUGACUGUAGCAGCCUGACGCUUGCUAGCCUUAUGCAAUGUACUUGGAUAAGCUGUGGCCUCUUUAUGAAAAAUGAGAUGGAAAAGGUAGUCAAAAAGGGGAAAGCUUUCCUCUCCAAUUGUGCAGGUAUGGCAGAUGGUUUGCAGGAGUGGGUGGGCCACGUUUACUGUCCAGUGUUAAAUCCAGUCUUUACUCCCCCCCCCUUGCAGGUGGGCCAGGAGUGGCUCGAAAACCAGAAAUCCAGAGAGCAAAAGCCCUUCCGUUUGCAUUUGCUGAACUACAGCGCGGACUUGAACAAAGCCGAUUUUGUAGCAAACUUUUCGAAGAGCGACCUGGAGGAGCAGCUGCACCCCAAAGAGCACGAUCUGGUGUUCUUAAAAGUGUCAGAGCAACAGUCCUACUCUGAGGAAAGCAAGGCGGAAAACGAGUUGGCCUGCCACGUCGGCCUUGUGACGCGGUUUUCUCUGCCUUCGAUCCAUGAUUCUAAGAGCAAAGAGCAGCAAGCUCUCUGUCACUUGUCCAUCCAAACGCAAGGAAAUUUAUCCCACGUCCAUAAGGAAGUCCGAUGCGUGGUGGCCAGCUCUUUGGUGACGACCCAGCGAAGGUUCACUGCCCUGCUCACCUUGCACCGAAGGUGUCUCGCCAGAGCCAUCAUCAGCCCGAGUUACCGUGACUUUUGUCCGAGGGAUUUAAACGUGGACGCCGAGAGUUCUCCCUCUUGCACGAAUGACUUGAACGAGGACCAAAGGAGAGCCAUUGAAACGGCCUAUGCUAUGAUCACGCAGGAACCCACAAAGCCCAAAAUUUGUCUGAUCCAUGGACCACCGGGGACGGGAAAAUCUAAGACCAUCGUUGGGCUCCUGUACCGCCUGUUUAGUGAGACAUCUGGGAAGGAGAACCGAGUUCAGAGCCUAAAUGCUAAGAUCAAGAGCAACCGGGUGUUGGUUUGCGCACCUUCCAAUACAGCUGUCGAUGAUCUGAUGAAAAAAAUUAUCCUUGAGUUCAAGGGAAAGUGCCCAGACAAAAAAAAGAUUUCGGGGAACUGCGGCGAGAUCAACCUGGUGAGGCUGGGGCAGCAAAAAUCAAUCAACAAGAAGGUCUUGCAAUUCAGUUUAGAUGAUCAGGUCAACAGGAUAAACAAGGCCGCACUGGGGAGAAACCAAGACCUCCAGAGGAGAAAAGAAGACUUAGAUCAACAGCUAGACAUGCUGUCUCGCCAGCGUGCCAUGGACAGGAACGAGAAGAGAGAAAAGAGACAGCAGUUGGAUGAAAAAAUUAGCCAGUUGAUGAAGGAGAGGCAGUGCCUCGCUUCUGAGCUGAAGCAGGCACGUGGGGGAUCUCAGGAACUGAGGGCCAGCAUCAUCUUGAAGUCUCACAUCAUUUGCUGCACGCUGAGCACCAGCGGCGGGAAGCUCCUCGAAUCCGCUUUCCUGAGGCUGGGGGGUGACCCCGUGAGCUGUGUAAUUGUGGACGAGGCAGGGCAGACCUGCGAGGUGGAGACGCUCAUCCCUCUCCUUCACGGCUGCAGAAAGCUCGUCCUGGUGGGAGACCCCAAGCAACUCCCUCCCACUGUGAAAUCUCGGAAAGCUCAGGACUGCGGUUACGACCAGUCUCUGAUGGGCCGGCUCUGCCAAUACCUGAAGCUCCAGGAGCAAGAAAACCAGGCGGAAAGGCUCCCGGUCUUGCAGUUGACGACUCAGUACCGGAUGCACCCCGAUAUUUGGCUCUUUCCUGCCAAAUAUAUCUACAAGGCAGCCGUGGUCACAGAUGAGAAAACGCAAGAGAACCGUUGCUCCCUGGAGUGGCCCUUCCAGCCAUACAUGCUCUUCGACGUGUCGGAUGGCAGAGAGGAGCAAGACAACAAUUCCUACGCUAAUCCCCAGGAAGUGAAGCUGGUAAUAGAAUUAAUCAAGUUAAUUACGGCAGCGAGAAGUGGCGUCAAAUUUAGCCACAUCGGAAUCAUCACCCCAUACAGCGCUCAGAAAAGGAGAAUCCAGAAUCAGCUGGAUAAAGAGUUUGGAGAAAAUAGCGCCUGCGAAGUGGACACGGUGGAUGGGUUCCAGGGGUGUGAGAAGGACUGCAUCAUCGUGACCUGCGUCCGGGCAAACAGCACGCAAGGCUCCAUCGGGUUCCUGAGGAGUCUCCAGCGUCUGAACGUCACCAUCACGCGAGCCAAAUACAGCCUCUUCAUCGUCGGGAAGCUGAAAACGUUAAUGGAAAACGAGGAUUGGAACCAGCUCAUUCAGGACGCUCAGAAGAGAGGCAGCAUCUUCCGGACGUCCAGCAGCAACUAUAAAGCCGUCGCCCAGAAAAUCUUGAAGCUUAAGAGAGACAGACUUGGGCAAGGUCAGGCGGGCCCCCCGAGGAGCAAGCUCAGUGAAGUCCCCAGGCGGGAUUCCCACCACCCCACGGCUGGUGCUCUAGGAAGCAGCAGGGUGCAGCCUCUGCCUGCACCUCCAGAGUCGUCGUCAUCAUCAUCAUCAUCCUCGCGAGUCGAAUCCGCCAUGGCAACGAGCGCCUGCCUGAAGGGCAAUGUCUCCACCCCGAGCUCUUCGGGAGCGGCGUCCCCGCUGGGCCCCGAUGCACCUCCUGCUCAGAGGAGUCAGAGCGUCCCCUCACCACAGCUGUCCUCCAACAGCCUGAUGCCAGGUUUGCAUCCUCAGGCCUUUCCCGCCCCCACCCAGUUCCCUGGCGCCCAAGACCGCGACUGGAGAGUUCCCAUCACUGCCGCCGCCGAGACAAAGACUUUAGGCCGAGGGGAUCAUCCCAACCCUGUCAAGCUGGGCAGAGACUGGGACUCUCGCCGGAGGACCGCGGAGAUGCUGCAGGAGGGCCCCGCUCCCAUUGACGCCAAACGACGGCGGACGACCCACUAG